AUGUUUAUUGCUUUUAUGGGGGGUGUGUAUUUUAAUGCAUUUGAGAAAGGUCGUGUUGCUUUACGACGAUUUCGUGCAGAUUCAAUUUCUGAUUAUGAGGCAUUAAAUGAGAUAUAUUUUUAUCCUUCGACACCAGAGCCAGAAUAUAUUUAUUAUAUUGGUAAAUCAAAAAGUCAUGAAAACUGGGAUGUGAAUGUUAAAAAACGUGAGAAUAAAACUUAUAUGAUGAUUAUGAAAGCGAACAAAAGAAUGAAAACGAUACUAGUGUCAAACUUAAAAAACGUGAGAAUAAUGAUGAUUAUGAAAGCGAACAGAAGAAUUAAAAAGAUACUAUGUCGACUUAAUAAUAAUAAGGUUAUUGAAUUGAAACGCAAAGUUGAUAAGGCACAACAACCAAAUUAUACUAACUUGUCCCAAGCCUUACAAACAGUUUCCCACGAAGUUUCUUUCGUCCCAAAUAUUCCAAACUUGAACGUUGCAGACCAGUUAACAAUAAUUCAACGAUCACUCUCAAAUUUGACUGAUACGGUCACAAACUUGUCUAAUACAGUCACAAACUUGUCUAAUACAGUCACAAACUUGUCUAAUAGAAUCGAUGGUUUGACCAUCACUAUUCAAGCAACGGACACGCGAAAUCUAGCAAGAAUUUAUAACUCGCGCUUACCCAGUCCAGACUUUCAAUUGGAAAUAGUUCCGGACAUGGCUGGUAAUGUCCCACAAAACUAUCCCCAAUCGAUCACUGCAUUUCGGGAGAUGACAGGUCAUGGUGUAAACACUCUCAUGACAUUCUACGGGUUGCCAACUACUGGUAAUGUUGAGGUUCGACGUAAACGAUUUGCAAAAUACAUAGGUGUCCAAUUAAUUUAA